CCAUGGCGGGAAUCGGCGAAGAAUCACUUCGAGGAAAAACUUUAGAAAGCCGACGAUCUCUAGCGUUUGUCAGUCCGGGGGACUCCGCGCGCAGCUCGUUCUGGCAGCCAACUAAUCCUAAUAUUCGUCAAGAAGUAUACAAUACCCGGGUAAUGAAGGAGAUGGAAAGACAUAGAGAAAAAAGACCAAUGCAUGGUGUGUUUGAUGAGUCGCCAAUACCAAGGGAAGAAACGCAAAGCAGAGCUUUGAAGAGAAGUGUCAAUGUACAAAGAACACUUGGUUUGUUGAAUCAAGCGACAGCUGGAAAUGCCACGUCUGGAAGUAGUCUCUUGCGGACUUCUAAGACACCAGUCAGACAGCUGAGACAUAGUACAUAUACCCCCAAGUCAGUGGCUCCAUCCUCACAGUUUGAUGUAUCAGCUACUAUUGGUAUGACACCUAGUAACAGAUCGUUGCUAAGGACACCAGGAUCAGCUACUGCUAAUCUGUCAGUUACUAUGACUGGAUUAGAUCAGACUGGUUUUAUGUCAUUUAAGGGUUCUACACCACAUAAAUCCUUCUUUGGUCUUAUUCCUGACACGCCAGGAAAAGAGAUUGAUGACAACACGCUUACGUCAAGUUUACUCAUGGAGGAUGAUCCUGGGACUGCAGCAACAACGUGUCUUUUCCAUGAGUUUCUAGACAGUUUUCGGGGACAUCCGUCUGCUAAUGAAGUUUUUGAUCUUGUGUCAGAUUAUGAAAAAAUCUGUGCAGAUCAAAUUGUUUUGUUAGAGAAACUGAUUAGAAAAUCAACACCUGGUCAAAAUAAGUUUUCCCGUACUCAGGAAGUACAGAAUAUGUUGACACAAGAGAGGAAUACAUGGCGUCUACUUGGUGGUCUGUAUCAAGACAGAUUACAGACAGAUGAUGACAUGGAUGAUGAUACUCUUAUCACAGAUGACUUGAGUAAGCGCCUUAGUGAGAAACAAAUCAUGGAUUCAUUGUUCACUAAAGAUUCUUACACACGCCAAAAUCAAGUAGUCAUUGAUUGGUUGGAACGCAACGCAUCUGACCAAUUACAGGAUUACUAUGACAACGUAGAAUUUUAUUCACAGACUGUUUCAUGGGAGAACACCCUUCAUAGUCUACAACAGCAGCAGCGUGGCAUUCCAGGCAUACCAGACAGAGCUAUAGUAUCUUCUAUGGAUCCAGAUGCACCCAUCAGACAAAAGAAACCAUUAGCUGAUUUAGAUAAGGAAGAUGAAAUUCGCCUGUUGCGUUAUAUGUUUGCAUAUAUCCGUGCUGGUCAGUUGGAUGAGGCACAGAGACUGUGCAGGAAAUGUGGGCAGGCAUGGAGAGCUGCCACGCUGGAAGGAUGGAAAAUGUACCACGAUCCUAAUAUUGAAGAAGUUGCUGCGAGUGGUGAGUUGAAGCCAAUCGAAGGCAACCCACACAGAGAUAUAUGGAAGGCAGUGUGUUGGAGAAUGUCACAAGAAGAUGAAUUCCAUUCCUAUGAAAAAGCCAUCUAUGCUGUGCUCAGUGGCAAUCUCAAAGAGUUACUUCCAGUGUGUAGUACGUGGGAUGAUGUACUCUGGGCUUAUUAUAAAGUUAUGGUAGACAUGAGAGUAGAACAAGAAAUAAGACUGUAUUUUAACAAUAAAUCUAUGGAAUCGCUACCAUCAUCUUAUUGGGUUAAAAAUUUAACACCAGAAACUGUAUUCCAAGAACUACAAGCAUAUCCUAAUGAGGUUAUUCAAGGCCAGUCAAAGUUACCAUAUCAUGUUAUACAGAAAUAUAUCAUACUGAAUGACCUAGAUGGUUUAAUUGAAGAAAUGAAUGACUGGUUACAUAAUCCUACAUUGAGGUCAUCGACCCAUCUAAUUCGGUUUAUGGCGCAUAUUGUACUGUUCUUUAGAGCCGUUGGGUUGCAAACAAAAGAAGAGUUAUGUACUGCAAUUCUGGAAGCCUAUGUCAGGGAUCUGAUUGAGGAUAAGAAUACUUUAUUAGUUGCCACGUACACAUCUACACUGCCACCACCGAUGCAAGUUACAUGCUAUGCUCAUUUCCUAGAAGGAAUUCAUGAGAAAGAAGAAAGACAACAAUGUCUUGUACUAGCUGAAGAAGCAGGUCUUGACAUUCCAACUAUCACGAAAACUGUAGUGGAAAACAUCAGAACAAGAGAUGCUGGGGAUAUCACCAUGGAAACAGAUUCAACAUCAGCUAAUGAAGCUGCCAUCUCAGAGGAGGAUAAACAAAAGAUAGCUGCCAUUGACUGGUUGGUAUUUGACCCCUCACAGAGGGCAGAAGCAUUAAAACAAAGCAAUGCUGUCAUGAGAACCUUCUUAGCCACUAGGAAGUACAAGGCAUGUCGUGAAGUAUUUAAUAAGAUUCCAAGUGAUUCUAUAGAUGUGAUUACUAAGAAUUGGCAGUCACAGGCUGGCAGUGCACCUCAGCUACCAGAAGAUGAUAAUGCUAUCAGAGAAUACAUAUGUGUUAAAGCAUAUCUGGAUGCCCAUGAUGCAUUCAAUGAUUGGUUCGAACAUUACCAUAAUGCUGCACCCUCAAAGCCAACAAUAGCACCAUCCGCAACAUUCCAAGAACGUGUUAAACACGAACAUGAAGUUAAGCAAUACGAGCAAGAAGUCGAUAGAUGGCAGUAUUCAUUAAUUUUACAAAGUAAGACUGUUGUGGAAUGCAUAUACAAUGUGUUAUUGUUUCCAGACGGGGGAUGGAUGGUUGAUCAACGAGAGGAGGAAGAUGAUAUGGGAGAUAGUGGCAGGACACAUCAGAUGAUGUUACUACGGCAACUAUGUAUUCCCAGUAUGUGUUCCUUACUGCAUUCUGUACUCCAUAAUACCAAACAGUAUACGAGAUGUAUACAACUAGCUGAUGUCAUAGCCAGUGAAGAACACCAACUAUACAAGGUGUUCCGUAAGGAGGAACUUCAGAGACUCCUGCAAAUGAUGCGAGAAUCUUCACUCCAGUUAUUGGAUGACAACAAAGACCCACUCGGUUACUGACAAAAUAAUGUUGUGAAAGUAAACCAUGGAAAUCAAAUUUAAUUAUUUGGUUAAAUUUCAAGCUUUUGUUAUUUUGAUCACAAUGACACUACUUUUUGUAUCAAUAGUAUUUUUUUACUUGUUCGAAUUGAAACUUAGUUCAAUAUAUCUGUUAGCAUGUUCGUCAUCACUAUUCGAUCAUUGUAUCGGUAUUGUCACUUAAUACCAGUGUGUAUGUAUUGAAAAUCACAUGUACCAGACUUGUUGUAUAAAUGUAAUGUCUCACUCUCGUAAAAGUUUUAAAAUGCUAUGAAAAAGAGAACACACAUUGUCAUAAUAAAUAUGAAACUCUCCUUCAAA